UGAGCAGCCUACGACAGCUGUGCCCCAGUAUAUCUUGCGCAAGUUUGCGGGCAGCAUUCCCCAUUCUCCACGCUGCCAGAACUGCUCCUGUGGCGGGUGGCCGCUGAGCCCCGGCUCUCCCUCUCAGCAUGCUCUGCCUGUGCCUGUAUGUACCGCUCAUCGGGGAGGCUCAGACCGAGUUCCAGUACUUCGAGUCCAAGGGGCUUCCCUCUGAGCUGAAGUCCAUCUUCAAACUCAGUGUCUUUAUCCCCUCCCAGGAGUUCUCCACCUUCCGCCAGUGGAAGCAGAAAAUUGUACAAGCUGGUGAUAAAGACCUUGAUGGGCAACUAGACUUUGAAGAGUUCGUCCAUUAUCUCCAGGAUCAUGAGAAGAAACUGAGGCUGGUGUUCAAGAGUUUGGACAAAAAGAAUGAUGGACGCAUCGACUCUCAGGAGAUCAUGCAGUCCCUGCGGGACCUGGGGGUCAAGAUAUCUGAACAGCAGGCAGAGAAAAUUCUCAAGAGCAUGGAUAAAAAUGGCACGAUGACCAUCGACUGGAACGAGUGGAGAGACUACCACCUCCUGCAUCCAGUGGAAAACAUCCCCGAGAUCAUUCUGUACUGGAAGCAUUCCACGAUCUUUGAUGUAGGUGAGAAUCUGACGGUCCCCGAUGAGUUCACAGUGGAGGAGAGGCAGACGGGGAUGUGGUGGAGACACCUCGUGGCUGGAGGUGGGGCCGGGGCUGUAUCCAGAACCUGCACAGCUCCCCUGGACAGACUCAAGGUGCUCAUGCAGGUCCACGCCUCCCGAAGCAACAACAUGUGCAUCGUGGGCGGGUUCACCCAGAUGAUUCGAGAGGGAGGAGCCAGGUCACUCUGGCGGGGCAACGGCAUCAAUGUCAUCAAAAUUGCCCCUGAGUCGGCCAUCAAAUUCAUGGCCUAUGAGCAGAUCAAGCGUCUUGUUGGGAGUGACCAGGAGACUCUAAGGAUUCACGAGAGACUUGUGGCAGGGUCCUUGGCAGGGGCCAUCGCUCAGAGCAGCAUCUACCCGAUGGAGGUUCUGAAGACCCGGAUGGCCCUGCGCAAGACAGGCCAGUACUCGGGCAUGCUGGACUGUGCCAGGAAGAUCCUGGCCAGAGAGGGCAUGGCUGCCUUCUACAAAGGCUAUGUUCCCAACAUGCUGGGGAUCAUCCCCUAUGCUGGGAUAGACCUAGCUGUCUACGAGACACUCAAGAAUGCCUGGCUACAGCGCUAUGCAGUGAACAGCGCAGACCCUGGAGUGUUUGUGCUCCUGGCCUGUGGCACCAUGUCCAGCACCUGUGGCCAGCUGGCCAGCUACCCACUGGCCCUGGUCAGGACCCGGAUGCAGGCCCAAGCCUCCAUUGAGGGUGCUCCGGAGGUGACCAUGAGCAGCCUCUUCAAACAGAUCCUGCAGACUGAGGGAGCCUUUGGCCUGUACCGGGGGCUGGCCCCCAACUUCAUGAAGGUGAUCCCAGCCGUGAGCAUCAGCUAUGUGGUGUACGAGAACCUGAAGAUCACCCUGGGCGUGCAGUCUCGGUGACGGGAGGGAGGACAGCCCCACCUAGCGGACUCGCUGAUCCUGGGCCUGCAGCCCUGGGAUGUGUAGCCAUCUCAUUCUGUGAAUGUGCCAACACUAAGCUGACUUAAGCCAAGCUGUGAAAACCCUGGGGCGCACCCGCAGGGAGGGGUGGGGGGAGCUGGCAGAAUCACUGGGUGUGUCCUGCUGACCAUGGCUGACCCUCGUGUCCAUUCCAGGGAAGACCCGUGGGUAUCCCUCGGGUCCAGGGGUCAGCAGGACUCAGGCUUCUGCGCAGUAGAGACCGAGCGUUUCCUGUAGUGCCUGCCAGACAGCGGGGCUUGGAGGCCGGCUUAGUUCUUUCAUCUCCUCUUCCCACCCAGACCAUGUGCCAUGGGCCCCUGCCCUCCGGCCUGCUGGGUGUCUGUCCCAUGCCCACUUUGCUUCUUUCUCACUGCUGUUUUAACAUGGUAGGAGGAGGGCUACCAGCCCACUUCCAUGACCCGCUCACUCCUCUCCCCUGAGCCCAUGGGGAAAGGUGCUUCCACCUGAGCUCACCACCCUGAUUUCCCGACCUACAGCAUCACCUCUGGCUAGGUUGUGCAGAGGAGAAAGAGGAAUCUGGCUGUGUGCUCACCCUCCUCUGAGCCCACCAGCGGAGGGGCACCAAUGCGCUUGUGCAUGCAGGGGCAAGGCCCGGCCCCACCCUCGGCUGCCUGGCACCCGGGCGCAUGGCUUCCCGGGAGGCGUGUGCCCUGUGCUGCUGGAGGUCUCCUGGUGCUCUGAGCUGGCUCCAGACUCUGCCUGGACUGGCACCAGCUCAGGACCAGCGCCCUGUCCCCGCUCUGGCAUGAGGGCGGUGGGGCAUGGUGGUGUAACGGGAAGGCCAGUUUCUGCCCCAUGUCUGCGUGCCCUGAGAGAAGGGAAAGGGGUUAACAGCCUUAAUUAUGUAUUUUUGAGAAAAGAGUUUUGUUCAGAAAGACAAGCUGGACAAAUGUGCAAGUUCUGUGCUUCCAGAGGGAAGACAACCCGAGAAGGCGGCUUGGUUGACGCACUAAAGCCUGCUUCCGACGCCCUGGGGGUUUCCGUCCAGUCCUAGCUGGGGCAAAGUGGGACCAGCCUCACAUUCCACUGACGCAGCGUGUACACUGCUUGGAGCCUAUUUAUUUCCUAUUUAUUUGAACAGAUUUAUGUCCUAACUAUUUUUAUAGAUUUGUUUAAUUAAUAGCCUGUCAUUUUCAAGUUCAUUUUUUAUUCAUAUUUAUGUUUAUGGUUGAUUGUACCUUCCCAGUACCCGAGAGGUGGGGUGAGGAGAGAACGUAGGAGCAGCCUUCCUGUCACUGCCCACGCCGGCGCCACAUCUUUCCAAAGAAAGGGGCAAGGAGGGGAGCCCCUGAUCAUAGAGGUGUCCUUUGGCAGGUUGGGGCAGGGUGUGCACCCAGGAAGCCUUAGGACCUGAGGGUUUGACUAGGGGUGGGACGAGUGGGAGAAACCUCAAUUCCAUUGAGGAUGGAAGUCCGAAUCCUUUUUUGGACCAGGAUGCUUUAUUUCACUCUUUCUGAGUGACAAGGCAGCGAGGUUCCUAUCACUGUGAGUUUGGGGUGGAGCCAGAGGAGGGGGGGGCCAGCUCCCCACGCCACCUGUGAAGUGGGCUGCUUCCUUGCAGCCCCGCUCCUGCUGCCUCUCAGCAGCGCUGGUCAGCCUGCAGCCUCCAGUUGCACUUUUCAUUCCACCAGAAUGGCCCGGUGAGGACAAUUUAAACAGGAUGCAAAGAUCAAUGCAAAAAUUAUUGUUAUAUAUAUAUAUAUAUAUACACACACACACACACAGUUCUAACUGGAAUUGCAAAAAAGCAAAUUAGGAAAGAAUUGGGAGUUGUCGUUUAAAACAGCCUUCAAAUAAAGUUUCAAAGCCGAUGUUGGAGCCUGAUUUUUCUGAUCUGGGCUUGGGUGGUGGUGGGGUGUUCACAUGUUAGAAAAUGAACCCACUUUUUUCAUCAUAGAAAGCAAAGCCACCCUCUCAGGGUUUCUCGAAGAGGCUCCCUCUUUAGAAUGUGUGUUUGUUGGAUUUGGGGUGCUCUGACCAGACUACUGUGCCCUCUGAUUGCUGAGUCUGGUGGUCCCCCCACAGCCCUCUGAUUUGGUUCCUCUCUGGUAGAGCUGGUUGCUCCCUCCUGCUUGAAGCAGCUCCAGCCACCACCAG